GCUAUAUGCUGUUACAGGAUGCAACAGGCCCACAAUGACACGCUUCUUGCUGACUCUUCCCGAUUAACUGAAGAAAAGGCGAAAGAGCUGCUUUUCUUUCCUGUGGCACUGUUCAUGCGCUUGGUCCUUCAUAAUGCUGCGGCAGGCUUUUGCAGUGUUUGCAUAUGCCUGGGCAGCGUGCGCCAUGAUCGCCAUGUCGUGCUGCUGGGUGGUGGACCUGCCCUCGCUGCUUCCGCCCCGCCUAGCCCCGCUCUUGCCCCUCAGCAUCAACGCGCCCUCGCCCCUCGCCCGCGUCUCGUCAACGGAAUGGGGCGCGGCAGCGUGGGACUGCUGUCUGUUCUUAGGGCUCGCGGCGCAGCACAACAUCAUGGCGCGUAAACCGGUUAAAAGCGCCAUGCGUAAAAGGGCGCGGAUACCCUACUGUAUAGAGCGCUCCGUGUUUGUGCUGGGUGCGGCGGUGAUGGUGACGGCAAUGCUGCUGCUGUGGCAGCCGCUGCCGCGGACCGUGUGGAAGGUUUCGCCGCCCUGGUCGUACGUCAUUUUGGCGCUGGCCCUUGGGGGCAUGGGCAUCGUAUACAGCAGCGCCUCCGCCAUUGAGUCGGCGGACCUGUUGGGGCUGCAGCGCGCAUUCGCGGGGGCACGCGAGGAGCCGGCACGCCACGAGGGGCCGGGGCUGGUGGUCCAGUCCUGGUACAAGCACGUGCGUCAUCCCAUCUACCUCGGAUACCUGCUGUUCCUCUUCUGUGCGCCCCACAUGAGCGCCGGCCGGUUGCUUUACGCCUUCCUCAACCUGGCGUUCGUGCUGUGGAGCCUGCCGCUGGAGGAGGGGGACAUUGCCGAGGAGCUGGGGAAACCGUACGACACGUACCGCCGUGCCGUGCCCGCACUCAUACCCUCGCUGCGGCCGUACAUCCCCGUGCCUGAGGGGCCCGGCGGGGCAGCACAGGCGAAGAAGGUUGAGGUGCUUCCGUGACUGCAUGAGGAUGGCGAAGAGUCAAUAGGCAUGCCGGGGGUAGGCCAAGGCGUUGCAGCGGCAGCAGGCAAUCUGCAGGUGGACAGGCAAGUAGGCAGGCAGCAGGUAGGGGAGAACGCCCGAGGUCUACGCCUGACUGUGCUGAGGAAGGGAUGCGGGGCAGGGAGCUGCUGUUCGCCGGUUUUCACCAGGAGCCCAUGACGAGGCGUACAGGACAGGCGUCAGGAGGGCACCUGGGGCGAGGCCUCGGGCUGCUACAGUGUGCGGCUAGGACAUAAGGACAGCCUGCUGCCGUCAGGCACACACCAGGCCCUCCGCUGGCCGCUGAGCUGAACGAAAGAGUGUCGUACGGUAUGAUUUAACAGAGAUGAACUACAGUUGCGUAAUGGAGCCGGCAAUGUGACUUUUGUUUUUGGGCGGGUUCGUAAGGAGUGCAUGGGGCAGCGGGGUAUACUGUGGAGUGAGCGCUCGGGUGUGCACAUUGGGUGCUGCAUGUGAGAGACACCGCGGACGUUGAGCGCUGCAUCUGAGUAUCAGAACAGUGACAGCGGAUGCUCGUAUUUACCG